AGCACGGUGGGAGAUGCUGCCUUUCCUUGGCAGGGGUCAUGCUUGUCCCAUCGGGAUCAAAGGGUCAUUCCUGGCCCACCGGGGUCAUUCCCAGCUCUGGGGCAAGGUGAUCCUGUCCGUCCCUGUGGGGUCAUUCCCAUCAUGGGGAGACGGUCCUGCCUUUCCUGGGGGUGGUCCCUGCCUGUUGCCUGUACCAGGGGGGUUCUUCCCAGCCUGGGGGAUCAUUCCCAGCCCAAGAGGGUCAUUCCCAGCCACGACUGGGAGGGGUCCCUGCCCAUCUGGGGGGGUCCUUCUCCCCCUGACUCCACGAUGUCCCCCCCCCAAUUCCUGCCUCCUCCCCCCAGAGAGCAUCCACAAGCUGAAGGAAAAGGCCAAGAAGCGGAAGGGCCGCGGCUUCGGUUCAGAGGAAGGAUCCCGGGCCCGGGUGCGGGAGGAUUAUGACAGCGUGGAGCAGGAUGGGGAUGAACCAGGACCACAGAGAUCUGUGGAGGGCUGGAUCCUGUUCGUGACAGGGGUGCACGAGGAGGCCACAGAGGAGGAUGUGCACGAUCGCUUUGCUGAAUUUGGGGAGAUCAAGAACAUCCACCUGAACCUGGACCGGCGCACGGGAUACCUCAAGGUGCCCUGAGGGGC